UGUUGUAUCUAAUCUACUAAUAUAAAAUGAAUAGGAAAAUUCUGAUACUUUAUGGAAGCCAAACUGGAACUGCACAGGACAUUAGUGAAAAUAUCUGGAGAGAGUCAAAAAGAUUUCAUCUCAAAGGCAAUGUGAAGUCAAUGAACGAUUAUGAUGUGAAACAGCUGAUCGAAGAAGAAAUUGUAAUAUUCGUUUGCUCAACAACAGGACAAGGAGAGGAACCAGAUAACAUGAAAAAGUUUUGGAAGUUUCUAUUACGCAAGAAUCUUCCAGCAGACUCACUCGAAAGAUUACAAUUUGGAGUUCUUGGUUUGGGUGAUUCAAGCUAUCAAAAGUUUAAUUUUGUAGCUAAACGUUUGCAUAAAAGACUGAUGCAACUUGGUGCUGCACCACUUCAACCUGUUGGACUUUGUGAUGACCAACAUGACUUAGGUGUUGGAGCUGUUUUAUUUCCAUGGCUUAAAAGUUUUUGGGAGAAAGUGUUAGAGAUAAAACCACUUCCAAUAGGUGUAAAUCCUUUGUCUGUGACACCAAGAUUUUGUAGAUGGAAUGUGAAGAAAUGUCAAACCUUUCAAUCGGGCGACGAAAAAUUUGAUAUUUAUUCUGAUUUCGAUGAAUCUUCAGAAGACGGCUACGUUGAAGUUGUGGAAAACAUAAGAACAACUGCUGAGGAACAUUUUCAAGACGUUCGUUUAAUAUCGUUUUGCCGAUGUUCGCUUACAUGGAAUCCUGGUGAUGUCGCUUACAUUCGUCCCCAAAACUCAACAGAGAGUGUUAAGAUGCUUUUUGAAAUCUUCAAAGAACAUGACUUGAACAUCUUUCCAAAUGAUUGCGUGAUGUUAGAACAAAUUGAUGACGAAAUGCCAGCACCUUCAAUGUUAAGACAAAAGCUACUUUUGAUUACUAUUGCUACACAGUAUUGGGAUCUCAAUGCCUUACCCAGACCUCGUGCAUUUGAAGUUCUCGCUUAUAAUUGCGAAAACGAAUUAGAGAAAGAAAAACUUCUCGAGUUUGCAAGUUUUGAAGGACAGGAAGAUUUAUUAACUUAUGUUAAUCGUCCAAAACGAACAAUCCUUGAAGUGCUUCAAGAUUUUCCACAUGCAACUUCUAAAUUAAAUCUUAGCUUGCUUUUCGAAUUGUUUCAACCAAUCAAACCACGACCUUAUUCAAUUGCUUCGAGUAUGUUAACAAAUCGUUUAGACCUUCUCAUAGCUGUUGUUGAGUAUCAGACAAGGUUGAAGGAGCCACGAAAAGGUUUGUGUACUAAUUGGUUGAAGUCAUUGAAUGCUGGUGAUCGGGUAAUAGUUUCAAUUAAGAAAGGAUCGUUUCUAUUCCCAACGGAUGCUGAUACACCAAUGGUAAUGGUUGGACCUGGAACUGGUCUCUCCAUUUUCCGAGCAAUUCUUCAAGAUUACCAACUCAGUGAGAAAUCUCGUAAUGAGAAGUUUGUCUUGUUCUUUGGCUGUAGAAAUGAAGAAAAAGAUUUCCAUUGUCGAGACGAAUUGAAACGAUUUGAACAGGAAGGAAUUCUUAAACUUUUCUGCGCUUUCUCAAGAGAUCAAGAAGAUAAAAUUUACGUUCAGCAUCUGAUUGAGAAAGAAGGAAAAAUGCUGAAAAAUCUUUUAGUUGAACGAGGGGGAUUUUUCUAUGUAUCGGGAAGUUCAAAAAACAUGCCAACAGCUGUUAAAGAAGCCCUUGAAGAUGCAAUAAAUGACAAAGAAUUCAUUCAACGUAUGAUUAAAGAUGGAAAAUAUCAUGAAGAAACUUGGUCUUAAAAAGUUUAUUUUAAAUAAAGAUUUUUUAGAAAAAAUUCUUCUAAUUCUUAAAACUCGAAAUUAUUCAGAGAAACCAUAAACUUUGAAAUUUCCAGCAUCACGAGAUUCAUCCUUCUUGUCAUCACAAGCAUAAGCGAGAAGAUAUUGUUUUGGAUGAAAAGCGAUUGAAAAUGUAGCUGAUUCGAGUUUAAUGUUGCAAACUCUUUCUCCUGUUUCGAUGAAUGCGAUGUCGAUGAAGUGAUCUUCUGAUGCUGAUGCAAGCAAUUUACUGUCGUGACUAAACGAGACUGUUCUUACUGGCCAAUCUAAUCUUGAAAGAACUCGUACACAUGAAAGUUCAUCAACAUCCCAAAUAGAGGUAAGAGCAUCAGCAGAUCCUAUAGCAAAGUACUUUCCGGUGUUGUCAAAGUCUAUGCAAAUGCAAGUCGCAGGAUGAGCUUUCAAAACGUGUUGCGCUUCAAGAUUUGGAUAACUGAGAAUAUGUACACAUCCUUGGCCACUUGUUAGGUACAUUUGGUCACUCGUUUUAUUCCACAUAAUUUCGUUAAUUUCAAAGUUGAACUUCUCUUCAGCUCGAAUUUUAUUUGUUCUUGUAUCGAUGAAUGUGAUGAGAUCUUCUUUAUUCCCGACUGCAAUAGUGUGUCCAUCACUUGACCAUGUAAUGUUGAUGUUUUCCCCUUUUGUGUUAAUUAUACUGAGUACUUUCUGUGCUCUUGUAUCCCAAAUGCGAACGGUUUUGUCACCUGAAGCUGUUGCAACGAGAUCAGGAUUUUUAGAAUGCCACGUGAGUUGAUCAACUGUGCCAGAAUGUCCAUAAAAUGUUCGAUCUUUUGUCAGUCGUUCACGAUCCAAUGAAAAAACUACAACCUUUUUAUCAUUUGAGCCGCUAGCUAACUUCCUGCCAUCACAAUUCCAACGAACUGUGUGCACUUUAGAUGAAUGUUGUCUUUGCUCUCUUAUUUUGUUAUGUGUACGAAAGUGCUCUCGUAGGCUUUCUAAACGUUUUUGUGAGGAAAACAUUUUAAAAAUUAAUUUUUAGUUUUUGUUUACGUUGAAAUUGCUUUUGAAGUUUGGAAUACGUUUAGAAAUC